AUGACACCUAUGGACCAAGCGCUUCUUCGGUACGGUGUCUUUCGUCUCUGGGCGCCCGAUCUCAAGAGUGCCCAUUCUCUUGAACUAAAGCAGAAAGUCGGUAAUUCUCUCUUUUCGUAUCUCAUACUUCAGCAGACUGAAAGCAUCCAGGCUCGUGAAUUCUUUCAGCUCCCGAUUGAUGUAAAAAGAAAAACGACAGGAUAUUCUGCUUUCGACUCCGAACUUAUUCGCGGCGACACUCCUAUUCCCAAGGAGUCAAUCUAUUUCUUUCGAGGGGCAGACAUUCAACAAAAUCCGCCUCCCAUGGCUCUUCGCGACUCUAUAAACGUGUUGCAUGAUAAAUGGAGACCGUUGAAAGACACCAUCUUCUCGAUCGUUUCUGAUGAAAUCCUCAACUCCAGCGUCCCUUUGACGGGGACUCCUCAGCUAGAUACCGAGUCCUUUGGGAUCAACUUCUACGACCCACGGCAACUGGACAAUGAGAUAGCCGAGUAUAACCCUGCACACAUGGAUACCGGUACAUUGAUAUUAUUGAUUCGGGAUGAUAGCAGCCACGAUGGCUUGGAGAUUGCCGAUCGUCUGUCUACAAGCAAACUCGGUAGCAAGGACAUAGGACAAGAGGCGUCCUUCCAUCCUGUCCCUGCAAACCCUGAUGAAGUUCUUGUACUAGUAGGUACCCGCUUGCAACGGCUAUUGGGCAGAGACAAGGUACGAGCAUGUGUGCAUCGAGUUCGCGGACCUGCUCCAGAAAGGAGACAAGAGGAAGAACCGAGGUUGAGUUUUACGAUCGCUUGCGCUGCGAGUCCCCCUCCUGAGGUACAGCCUAGCAAUAGUUGA